UAAUCACUUCUACAAGAGAUAUAAUUACAAAUGUUAAGUUAGCAUUGAGCAAGGACCAAGGAUAAAAGUUAUAUCAGUAGAUUGAAGAUUACGUAAGAUGGCGCAUUUACUGGAUCAGACUCCAAGUAGCAGCGUAGAAGCUGCGCAGCUGUUUGCCUCGGCUGCCUUGCUUCAGGACGGAGACGACAAUGAAGAUUAUUCAACUAUAAACAGGUCCACCGCUCUAGUAAGUCCGACUGAGGAUGAAUAUGAAUUAAUCUUGACAAAAAUCAGAAACUUGAUGGAGGAGGGGAGAGGAGAAACUAUUUUCGAGGUCGGAGUUGGAGAUGAUGCUGAUACAGGUCUUCCAGAGGAGGAUCUAGAGGCGUCUCAAGCCACCCUGGAAAGUAUAAGCAGAAUAUUGGAUUCAGACUGCGUCAGGCUACGGGAGAAGGUGGGGGAGAACGGAAAGAAGUCGGUGGUGAACCUCAUCAGGAGAAGAGCAGACACAAAGGACUUUAUGGAGAUCAGGGUGGCUGUGGUAGGAAAUGUCGAUGCUGGUAAGAGUACUCUACUAGGUGUGUUGACCCACGGAGAGCUGGAUAACGGCAGAGGUUUUGCUCGUCAGAAACUUUUCCGGCAUAAACAUGAGGCAGAAACUGGGAGGACUUCUAGUGUUGGAAAUGAUAUUCUCGGGUUUGACUCCCAAGGAAAAGUUGUGAAUAAACCCGAUCAUGGUUCCUUAGACUGGAUCAAGGUUUGUGAGGAGUCAUCAAAAGUUAUAACCUUCAUAGAUUUGGCUGGACACGAGAAAUACCUGAAAACUACAGUAUUUGGAAUGACUGGGCAUGCCCCGGAUUUUGGCAUGCUGAUGGUUGGAGCUAAUGCCGGCAUUGUCGGCAUGACGAAAGAGCAUCUUGGAUUAGCACUGGCUCUUAGUGUACCGGUGUUUGUUGUUGUUACAAAGAUAGACAUGAGUCCUCCUAACGUACUGCAGGAAACCUUGAAACUUUUAGUUAAAAUCCUUAAAUCUCCGGGAUGCAGAAAGGUUCCUGUGAUGGUAAAGACUGCUGACGAUGUUGUGAUCUCUGCCACCAACUUUGUCUCCGAACGUCUCUGUCCAAUUUUCCAGGUUUCCAAUGUUACGGGUGAAAACCUGCCGUUUCUGAAAAUGUUUCUGAAUCUCCUGUCCACAAGAAGUCCGAAUACAGACAAUUCUCCAGCUGAGUUCCAGAUAGAUGAUACCUAUUCUGUUCCUGGUGUUGGAACUGUAGUUUCUGGAACAUGCUUCAAAGGAACUAUACGGACCAAUGAUACUUUACUAAUGGGUCCUGAUCCUCUGGGACAUUUCCAUUCUAUAGCAGGUUAUUGCGAAAUGGAGGUUUCCUUGAUAUUUAUACGUCUGCACUCCUUUAAAUCUGUUUCUCUACAGGGAAUGGUAAUGGUAUCUCCGGCAGUAAAUCCUCAAUGUUGUUGGGAGUUUGAGGGAGAAAUAUUAGUGUUGCAUCAUCCCACCACCAUAUCAACCAGAUACCAGGCUAUGGUACACUGUGGGUCUAUAAGGCAGACUGCUUCAAUUAUAAGAAUGUCGGCAGACUGCCUCAGAACAGGAGAUAAAGCCCAAGUUCUAUUUAGGUUUGUGAAGCAUCCUGAAUACCUGAAGGAAGGACAGAAACUAGUAUUUAGAGAAGGACGAACGAAAGCGGUUGGAAAUGUGACAAAGAUUCUUGUUUACCAACCUCCCACCCAGGCCCAGCUUAAAGCAAAGCUUACCAGUAAACCUAUGCAGCAGCGAGGAGAUGGAAGAAAAAGAAGCCAAGCCGCAGCUGCUGUUGCUGCGACAGCUGUUCAAGAAGCAGCUGCGGCAGCAGCAGCUACCAGUGCCGCUACAAAUACAGCUGCUACGGCUGCUCCUACAAGUACAGCUCCUGUCAGCUCCCAAGUCCCUCCAAGCCCGGUCAAAGUGUAAACCUUGAAGAAUUGUAAACGUAUUUUCAAUUAUUUUCAAGUUAACCAGCAGCUCAAUUUAAAGAUUUGCACACCCGAACAACAAUGGUACUAUCACGGCUAUUCACCAACUUUGAAGGGGUUGGAUUACUUCUCUUUUCUGUUAAAGUCUGCAACUCAAAAGUUACUUAAAUUGAGAACUCACAAUUGUUGAAUUUUCGAAAGAUAUACAAGAACAUCAACCUCAUAUUGCCCAGAUGACAGUUUUUAAAGCCAUACGGUUGGGAACCGGGCAGGUCACUUGGAAAUACGUUUCCAGUCUGGAAAUAAGAAUAUUUUUACUGAAAACUCACAGAACGAUUAAAUGUCAAACUCUGCUCAUUAAAUUCAGCUUUAUUAUGAUAAGAUACGAUCUUUAAAAAAAAAGAAAAACGAAAUAUU